AUGGCGUCAAGCCUGACCCACACAGAGAGAUGGACACUUCUACUCGUGGCUGGAGCUUCAGUCGCAGUCAUCUCAAAUACCUUUCAAGGUGAUGGUGCCCCGCUGGUGGCAUCAAUAGCAUUUUCGACAUUGGCAUUCUCCAUGACUUUUGCCUUCAUCCGAUGGUCAGGUCCAGCAUUUGCAAAAGCCGGUCUCAAGGGAAAAGAUAUGAGCAAAUUGAGACCGGUUGAGCUUCCAGAAGGUAUGGGAGCUGUUGCAGCGUCGGUCUACAUCCUUGUAUUGAUGGCGUUUAUUCCCUUUGCGUUUUACAAAGAUAUUGUUGCUGCAACUUCUGGCGGCGGCAACCGCGAUGUGGUACUCUCCAUCACCGAAGUCGAUACAGGUCGCUUCUUACACCGUUUCCCGCACUCGAAACUGUCUUCCUAUCAAUCAGCUCUUAACACCUUACAGGUGACCACUAUUCUGGGGAUAGCCGAUGAUAUACUCGAUCUUCGGUGGCGACAAAAAUUCUUCAUCCCAGCAAUCGCAUCACUUCCCCUGCUCAUCGUCUACUAUGUCGAUUUCGGUGUCACCUCGGUUGUUGUACCGAAUUUUCUGGUUCCCUAUAUGCCUGGUCAAGCCAGGCUGAUCCAUUUGUCCUUUUUGUAUUAUCUUUAUAUGUCUGCAUUAUCCAUUUUCGCGCCGAAUUCAAUCAACAUUCUAGCAGGGAUUAAUGGAAUUGAAGUCGGACAAUCAAUGGUCAUUGCAGGACUUCUGAUCAUAAACUCGUCACUUUAUCUUGUCCCAUUCCCCGGCAACCCGGUUUUGAAUAAUGGAUACGCCAAAAACCCGCAUCCUGCGACAGACUCUCAUCUCCUGACACUAUACUUGCUUCUACCAUUCCUUGCGGUAUCUACCGCACUUUACAUCCACAACAGAUACCCAGCCAGAGUAUUUGUCGGCGACACCUUUUGCUAUGUUGCAGGUAUGACUUUUGCAGUGGUAGCUAUCAUGGCACACUUUAGCAAAACUCUACUUCUCCUUUUGAUCCCUCAAAUCAUCAACUUUAUCUACAGUUGUCCGCAGCUCUUCAAGUUAAUUCCUUGUCCACGCCAUCGACUUCCGAAAUUCAAUGCAAGGACUGGUUUACUUGAACCCAGCAUCACGCCAUGGCCACCUGAGAAGCCACCCAGUAAGCCUCUCACAGCUGUGUUCUUCGCACUGGAGAAGUUACACCUGCUCCAGGUAACGGUGGAGCCCAAGACAAACCGGAUCUCUGCUACUAGUAAUCUGACCAUCAUUAAUCUCUGGCUUGUCUGGAGGGGUCCUAUGCGAGAAGAUCAAUUGACCAGAGAGUUAUUGAUCAUGCAGACGGCUUGUGGUUUUCUGGGCCUUUUGGUGCGGCACACGAUGGCACUUUUGAUCUUCAGUGUUGACAACCGGGGCAAAUAUGGAAAUGCGUUUCCGGUGUAG